AUGUCCCAGUUGAACUUUGUGUCUUAUUCGCUUCCGAAUGCACCAAAACGAAGGCUUUCAAAAUUCGGACAACUCAUGCUCAUGCAAGAACAACCAGAAGAACCUCUAAACAUCGGACUCAAUCGGGAAGCCUUUGAGCAACGACUCUCUGAACGAUUAUUGGCGCGUUAUGUUCGUUUUAGAAGUUUGGUGGUGAGCGACUGUGAAUACGUGGAUGUUGGUGUGGAAAAUGUCUGCAUGGAAAAUCAUGUCAAGUAUUGCAGCUUGAGCGAAGAAAAGUUGCAAAUGAUGACGGAAGACGAAGCAUUGAGCGAAAUGCUCAGUGAGAUAUUUACCACUCCGUUUGUGCCUGUUAGACAAGUGACAGGCUCUAAAAUGCCUCUUUGGCAAUGUUAUGUCAUUGAGAAUUAUUCUAGAGGAAUUGUAUUGUUUUUUAAGAUUCAUCAUUGGAUUGGAGAUGGACAGUUGUUGCAGCGGAUCAUUGUCGGUGAUUUGUUGGACAAUGAGGAAGAAGUAUCCAAUUUCUUGUUGAAAAAAUAUGACAAUAUGAUGCAAGGAAGUUAUAACAACUGGAACUCUGCUCUAAGUAUCAUCCAUAACGUGGAGAAUGGAAUAUCUAGAAAUGUACCAUGGGUAGGAAGUUUGUUGGCAUUGGCAAUAGGAUUGGUUCUGAAAUUGGUCUCCUUUUUUGCAACCUUACUACUAAUACUUUAUUUGGGAAUUAGUGGUGACACAGAUACCAUGUUUAAACCAUCUCCAAAGAAUCCAAAAUCUGGAAGAGUAUCAUGUUCUUUCAUUUGGUUCAAUGAAUCCACUCCAAAGAAAGAGGCAGACCUGACCAAUGAGGCAGACCAAUAUUUCACAGUUGAAGAGUUCAAACGAGUGGCUCAAAUCUUAGGGCAACAAAAUUCCACUACUGGAAAAGUCAAUGAUCUUUUCUGA